AUGGCAUACUCAACGUUGUUGUUGAGGUCAAUCUUGACUUUCUGCCUUUUUUCAAUCUCAUUUGUUCAGGCCUACGACCGCCGGGCUUGUCAAGCACCCACCCGCAACCCUCUCAGCGGGUGCCCUGUCGGAACUCUGCUUGUUGGCCUUGGGCAAAAGUUCACGAGUGUACAGUCCGCCGUGCUGAGCUUGGGCAAUACGACGAAUCCAGCAACGAUCCUGAUAUUGCCGGGCAACUAUACCGAACAGGUCAAUGUGACACGUCAAGGGCCCCUUACGUUGCUCGGUCAAACCAGCUCCCCAAACGAUGCUAGCUAUAACGUGGUUAACAUAAUCUGGCACAACGCAACUGGUACAGCAACGACUGGAACUUACGACAAUGCCUAUACCAGCGUGCUCACGGUCGCUCCCACUUUUAACGCCUCAACCACUGGCUCCGGACCUACUGGCAAUCCUGUCCCGCCUGGCACGCCGUUUGGGAAUCUAGACUUCCGCACGUACAAUCUGAACUUCAUCAACGACUACUUACCGUACUCCGCUGGCCCGAGCUUGGCAGUGAGUGUCAGCUACGCUAACACUGGCUUCUACUACACGCAAUUUCUCAGCUAUCAGGACACGGUCUAUAUCGGCAAGCUAGGGUCCGCCUACAUGUAUUCCUGCAUUGUCGGCGGGCAGACAGACUUCGUCUACGGCUUCGGCACCCUCUGGGUUACCGAAUCGGAGAUUCAACUUCGUGGCUGCGGGGGCGGCAUCACAGCGUGGAAAGGCACCAACACGACGUUCGAGAAUAAGUACGGUGCCUAUAUCUACAAGAGCCACGUAGCCAAAGCCAAUAGCACCCUUAAUAUCACCCACGAAUGCGCUUUGGGCCGCCCGUGGAAUGCACAGCACCGGUCUAUCUUCGCUUUGAGUUACCUGGACGAUAGCAUCCAGCCAAACGGAUAUAUUGAGUGGAGUAGUUCAGAUCCGCGUGUCAACUUCAACACCACUAUGGCGGAGUUUCAUGACUUCGGCCCAGGCUUCAACCUUACCGCCCGCGAAGCAGCGAGCAAUGUCACAAUCGAAAUGACACCCAAGGAGUAUGCACCAUACAGCACCCCAGCGCUGGUGUUUCAGUAUCCUUUCUCGGGCGCUUUCGGAAAUGUGGCGUGGAUUGAUGAGUAUCCUAGAGCAUGAGCAGCUAGUCUCCUGAUUGAGUCUUUACGCUAAGCUCUGCGUUGUGGAAGGGAGCCACACGACCGAGGCGACUGAUAUGAGACCUGCAUAAACGCCAAGCCCGCCGCUUCCCUUUUGUCUCAUCCCGACUCCUUUCAUCUUCACGUACCACGUGUUGCACGUUUCAUCGCUCGUAGCCGCCCGGUAUUACCUGGAGAUUGUCUCAUACGCCUUGACGUAUGCUUUCAGUAUGGGAGCCGCUGGUGUUUGGACU